CAUAGUCUCUUCUCGUUUUUCUCUGUCCAGUUACGAUCACUCACGCUUUUGAGUCAAAGAAGAUGGAAGAUAUUUCUUUGGACGAAGUGAUACGUCGACGCGGUUUCAACAACAAAGAAACAAUUAAAAGGCCUAUGUUCGGCAGGGGUGCUGGAGGGGUCGGGAGGACCUUUGAUGCCCGACAGAAAAUUGGGAUGACAGAUGUCAGACAGAGACUUGGUGGAGGAGGAGGAACUGCUUUUCAAGUGAAGGAUGCCAGAGAGAAACUUGGCCAGAAAGAUGCCCGCUUCCGAAUCCGUGGCGGAGGAGGAGCAGGUGGGGUCCAGGAUGCCCGACAGAUGAUCAACUCACGGAAAGGAGGACCGAAUACAUUUAAUGUUACCCCACAGAGUUUACAGCAGAUACCAGCAGCACAGCUACAGACACAUGUGCAGCAGAUACAGAUACACACUACCAACGACAUUGCCAGUGCAAAUGCCAGGCAGUUUACCCCCAACCUACAAGGAAUGAACAUUAGAGCUAGGGUUACGCAACAGCUGGGGGGUGCACCUAAGAGGAUGAUGGAUGCUCGUGAUAGGCUGAGCCUCAAGAGGAGCAUUGGAGCUCCACCAAGCCAAGGAAUGGUAGCACCCAUGAAGAUCACCAAAACCUUCCAGGUAAGUGAUCAGGCUGACAGUUGGCUCCAAAGUGAUAGUAACCACAGGUCCAGGAUCUGCUCUAAUAUUAUCCAGGCUUAGCUACUAGACAGAAUU